ACAAUUGUGCAAGAACAACAAGGGCAUCCAGAGUGGGGAGUAUAUGCGCAACGGUUGUUGGACCCUGGGACAGGGCUUUGGAGAAACCCUAGAGGUGGUGGACAUGAUGACAAGGCUCAUCCACCCAUUCACCCAACAAAAUUUUCUACUGGAGAAUCUGGAUGGAGCCAAGACCACCGUAAACUGUAUGAGCUGGUUGUUCGCCACUUUUUGGCGUGUGUCUCAAAGCCUGCUGUAGGAGCUGAAACCACCGUUGAAAUUGGUAUUGCUGGUGAACUAUUUUCUGCAUGUGGGAGGGUGAUUCUAGAGAAAAACUACUUGGAUGUUUAUCACUACGAAUCAUGGGGUGGAUCACUGAUUCCAACAUAUACUAUUGGUCAACAGUUCAUUCCAUCAACAUUUAUCCUUGAUUCAGGAGUAACCCGCCCACCACCACUUUUAAGUGAAGCUGAUUUGCUGAGUUGUAUGGACAAGGAGGGUAUUGGUACAGAUGCUACAAUGCAUGAUCACAUCAAGAAGCUACUUGAUCGAUUUUAUGCAACUAAGGAUGCUAACACUCGUUUCACACCAACUAAUCUUGGUGAGGCACUUGUCAUGGGCUAUGAUGACAUGGGUUAG